ACCAAAAUAGUGACGGACCAACAUGGCUGGCAAUGUGAGCGAUAGGAAACUUAAACCAUUUUAUUCUAAUAACAGUUUCAUAUGUUAAAUUGGAGACGCGUUUAACAAAUUCACCGCCUCGUGCUGAUAUAAAAAUGACCGCAGCUGUGUAAAUUACCAUUACGUGAGAUAACCUGAAUUGGCGAGGUUGCUAGCUGUCAUUCCCUUACCUUUCCUUUAACAAGCUCUCCCGGUCAGGUUAACGUGAGUUAGAACUGGUAGUUAAACAGUUCGUCAUGUGGGGGGAGAUUGAGCCUCCAGAUAAACCCCAGCAGACUUCUUAUGAAAGCAGAGACGAGAAGAAAGCAGCUGUGUGCCACCGGGAGCCGCAGGAGGCUUUACCUGGCCGUGAGGCGAGCAGGGAGCCCCGGCAGGACCGCCAGGCGUGUUUUUCCGUUUCCCAGGAGGUGACCAGCUGUGUGAGCGCCAUGGUGGAGGCAGUGGCUCGGAGCGGCAUCCAGGUGAAGAGCCAGCAGAUCGGAGAGGCUGAGCUGACUCUGGAUCAGCGCAGAGAGGAGCUGCUGCAGCAGUACAGGAGCAGACCGCUGGUGUUCCUGGAGAGGUACCAGGCGUACCUGAAGCCCCAGCAUCUCGCGGCGUUCAGCCACCUCAGCUCGGACCCGCGGGCCCAGCACUACAGCAGAGUGAUACAGAGACGAAGUGCAGGACACACUAACAGGACCAGAGUCCGAAACCAGCGCUACGCCGCCCUCAGGGCCCUGCAGAGGGAGGGUCACUACUUUAGCGAGGAGCAGAUGCGGAAGAGGGAGCCCCUGCUGUAUGAGCAGUACAUCGGCCAGUACCUAACCGAUGAGGAGGUGCUGGAGCGCUCCCAGGAGGCCAUGCAGGGAGGUGCAGACAGGGGAGCAGAGGGCCCGGGGUGCGGCACGGGAGGGCUCGCCCACAUCCUCCUCCACUCCUACGAGGAGCGUCUCAUCCAGAACCGGCUGCAGGAGGAGCAGGAGAGAGAGGAGGGCGCACAGGAGGAAGACGAGGAUGGGGAAGACGAUGAUGAUGGUGUAAAGGAAGGGGAGUGGGAGCCCACACCAGAGGAGAAGGCUCUGCUUAGGGAGGAGUUCAUCAGUCAGAUGCACCACCGCUUUCUGGAUGGCAAGGACAAGGAUUUCAACUACAGUGAGGUCGAUGAGAACCCGGAUUAUGACAACUUGGACAUCGUAAGCAGAGAUGCCGAAGAAAAGUACUUCGAUGACGAGGAAGAGGAAUAUGAAGAGGAAGAAGAGGAGGAGGAAUUGGAAAAUAAAGAGGAGGAAGAGGAGGAAAAGAUGACAGAAUAGUCGUAUACAUUGUUGUGAUUAAACUGUAAAUAUGAAGUGUAACAAAACAAGGAAAUAUUUUGUGUUUUUUACCUUUAAUGCUUAAGUGUAAAAGGCUGGUAAUAAACAUCGGUCUUUGUAA